UCAAAAAUGUUAAGUGUCAAAUUCGCAACAAGAGGUUAUGUUUACAGUAGGCCGAAUUCGAAAUAAAUUAAUUUAAACAAAAGUCGGAGGCGUUUAUUACGGUCGUACGAAUAAUAUUCUAAAUAAUUACAACUCAAUGUAACUGUUAAAUCUAUCGAGAAGUUCCAUAAUAGCUUACAAAUGAGUAUGCCAUCCUUUGAACCGGGCCCGGAGCAUUUCCAGCAGUUCCCGUCUAAUAGGAUAAUAGUUAUCCACCCAGGAUCACUUUACGUGCGCAUAGGGAGAGCGUCAGAUCUCCUGCCAGUCAAGCAACUGCACUGCAUAGCAAGAAAACGUCGUCCUGGUGGUAAAAUAUACCGAGACUCCUUCAUUCCGCCGAGUGUGCCAAAAACAAAGGAAUUAAUCGAGGAAUUGGAAGAAUGCCGGCUUCAAAUAUCCCACACAUUACAGUCGUGUGUGCAAUCGAACGGAGCCCGCAGGUACGCCACGCCACCGCAACAAAUUGCAGCGUUUAAUCGACGAUCUCUGCCAGAAUGCGUGAAUGACGGCGACCCGUGGCCUCAGGUCGACUGUGACAUUGUUAUCGGAGAUCUAGUGUUGGAUAUAGACCCAGAACUGCCAUAUAACAUACACUUUCCAUACCGCAGAGGUGAUUUCAACAUCCACACAGAAGUUGGUGGCUCUAUCUCAUCUGUACUCAAUGACCUAUAUACUAUUUGGAGUUCUAUCAUAGAGUAUAAGUUAGGAAUACCUCUCAUAGAGCUAGUGAAAUACAGAUGUGUACUCCUUAUACCAGAUUUGUACUCCAGGAGUCAUUUGAAGUAUUUAAUGUCAUUAUUACUGAAAGACUUGGGAUUUGGCCACUGUUUCUUUGUCCAAGAGAGUGUGGGGGCUACAUUUGGAGCUGGCAUUGGUUCAGCAUGUGUGGUUGACAUUGGAGACCAGAAAACUGCAAUAUCUUGUGUUGAAGAUGGAAUAUCACAUAAAACUACAAGAUUAAGAAUGGACUAUGGGGCAGGAGAUGUUUGCCAAGCUUUGUCAUGGAUGUUCCAUAAGAGUGCAUUUCCUUAUAAAAACUGGAAUGAAAACAUACCCAGAGAUGUGAUUUUAAUGAGGAACUUGUAUGAGAAUUUCUGCCAUGUAAACUUAGAUGUGUGCGGGCCACAGGAGAAGUCAUUCCUAGUUGACCAUCCAGGUGAUGUAGUAAACAAAUAUACUCUGCAAGUUGGUGAUGAAUGCAUCAUAUCACCUUUGUCAAUGUUCUACACAGAUUUACUUAAAAUCACUGGUUCCAAAUCAACUAAAAUCCAGAACAGACAACCAAGUGACCCUGAAGAUCCUUUUGAUGCAGAGUUUCUUAGAGAAACUGGUAGGAAGAGGGAGACAGCAGACCCCACUGCUAAUGAAAGCCAACAGUUUGAGGCAACAAAUGAGAAUCAACCGGCAACAAACCCUGAUGAAGACAUAGUUGUGGAUACUUUAGAAGGUGGACCUGGUGAUGUGGUAGCUCUAGCUCCUGGACAAGUCCUGGCGUUAGAUGCUGCAAUAUUACAAAGCAUAGACCGCUGUCCCAACGAGGAGUUGAAGAGGAAAAUGUACAGCAACAUUCUAAUUGUUGGCGGAGGUGUGAAAGUUCAUGGCUUGAACUUAUGGCUACAGAAUAGACUAGCUUUACAGAUUCCCUAUACUUAUAAGACUGAACAGUUGGAGAUAGUAACAUCACCGAAAGAUAUUGAUCCUGCAAGCACAGUUUGGAAAGGGGCUGCGGUCAUGUCCUGCUUGGAGUCAGCUAUAGAGUUAUGGAUUAACCAGAGUGAAUGGAAUAGAUUUGGUUUAAGGAUACUGAGGGAACGCGCGCCGUUCAUUUGGUGAUUGUAAUAAAUAGAUUUAUUGUCA